AUGGCCUCCGCGAUUAACUUUCUGGCUCUGCUCGGCGUUGCCGCUUCUCUGGUGUCUCCGGCAUCUGCCUGGGAUCACUCUUUGUAUACCACCAGCCAGGCCGUCUUGCCUUCACCAAAUGCGACUGGUGUAGGCUGGGAAGACGCAUUCGACAAGGCGAAGGACUUCCUUGCCGAGCUGACUCUGGAAGAGAAGGUCUCCUUGGUCACUGGUACUACUGGCCCAUGUGCUGGUAUGAUCGCGCCGGUUGCACGGCUCAACUUUACCGGCUUGUGUCUCCAGGAUGGUCCUUUGGCCAUCAGGCAGGCAGUUUACGCCAACGUUUACCCUGCUGGUGUGAAUGUAGCAUCAACAUGGGAUCGGGAAACCUUCUACAAGCGUAGCAACUACAUGGGCAAAGAAUUCAAGGCCAAGGGCUCCCAAAUUGCCCUGACGCCGGUUGUAGGCCCUUUGGGUAGAGAUCCCUAUGGCGGCCGCAACUGGGAGGGAUUCUCGCCUGACGCAUAUUUGAGUGGAAUCGGCGUUGCAGAGAGCGUUGUUGGUAUCCAAGAUGCCGGUGUGCAGGCCACUACGAAGCAUUUUAUCGGCAAUGAGCAAGACACCCAGCGCAACCCGAGCACAGCUGCUGAUGGCACAACGAUCGAGUCUCUCUCGUCCAACAUUGAUGACAAGACCAUGCACGAGAGCUACCUUUGGCCCUUCGCCGAUGCAGUACAUGCUGGAACCGCUUCCAUCAUGUGCAGCUAUAACCGCCUAAACGGCUCCUACGGCUGCCAGAACUCCAAGGCCCUGAACGGACUUCUGAAGACAGAGCUCAACUUCCAGGGCUUUGUCAUGUCUGACUGGGGCGCGGUUCACUCUGGCGUUGCCACCAUUGAGUCCGGCCUGGACAUGAACAUGCCUGGUGGUAUCGCCUUCACUACCCCGACUCCAUCGUAUUGGGGCGAGAACGCGACUCUUGCUGUCAACAACGGCACCAUCCCGGAAAGCAGAAUAGACGACAUGAUUCUCAGAGUCCUCACUCCUUACUUUCACCUUGGUCAGGACCAGGAUUUCCCCAAAGUCGAUGCUUAUUCGGCCACCCUCAACGGCAAAGCUGCAUCCACUUGGCUCUACGACUUCCAGGUCGGCACGGAAGACGAGGUAGUCGACCUCCGCAGCGACGAGACCGCACAAUUCAUCCGCGAGUCUGCUGCCAAUGGCACAGUCUUGCUCAAGAACACCAACGGCGCUCUUCCCCUGAACGCUCCCAAGAACAUUGCUGUGUUCGGUAACGCGGCUGGCGAGUACGCUGAGGGCCUUUACUCCCUCGUCGGCGGCAGCCCCUUCAAGCCAAAUGAUGCGGAGUACGGCGUCCUCGCUUCUGGCGGCGGUAGCGGAACUGGCCGCUUCCCUUACCUGGUCACCCCUCUCGAGGCCAUCAAGGCCAAGGCCAAGGAAGACGGCUCUUUCCUGCAGUACGUUCUCGAGAACGAGGCCAUCACCAACUACGGUAUCAGCACCAUCUUCCCCACCCCCGACGUCUGCAUCGUCUUCAUCAAGUCCUGGGCAACCGAGGGCUACGACCGGGAGAGCCUCUACCCAGCCUAUAACGGCACGGGCGUCGUCAACACUGUCGCCGCCAGCUGUAACAACACAAUCGUGGUCCACUACGGUACGGGACCCACGCUCUUCCCCUUCGCGUCCAACCCCAACGUCACGGCCAUCGUCGAGGCGCACUUCCCCGGCCAAGAGGCGGGCAACUCGCUCGUCGACGUGCUCUACGGCGCCGUCAACCCGUCGGGCCACCUGCCCUACACGAUCCCCGUCUCCGACGCCGUCUUCCCCAAGACGCUCGUCAACUCCACGGCGCUCGUCGAGACCACCGACCCGGACGCGUGGCAGGCCGACUUCACCGAGGGCAACAUGAUCGACUACAAGUACUACAUCGCCUCCAACACCACCGCCAACAUCCUCUACCCCUUCGGCCACGGCCUCUCCUACACCACCUUUUCCGUCUCCGACCUCGCCGUCUCCUCCUCCAACUCCUCCUCCUCCUCCUCCCCCAUCGCCGGCACCACCCCCUCCGCCACCGCCGCCACCAUCCCCGGCGGCAACGCCGACCUCUGGGCCACCGUCUCCGUCGCCACCGUCACCGUCGCCAACACGGGCGCCGUCGCCGGCGCCGCCGUGCCCCAGCUCUACGCCAACCUGCUCGGCGCGGGCGCGCCCGCGGGCACCCCCCAGUGGCAGCUGCGCGGCUUCGACCGCGUGUGGCUCGAGCCCGGCGAGAGCCGCGCCGUCGCCUUCGAGCUGCGCCGCCGCGACGUCAGCUACUGGGACGUCGGGGCGCAGCAGUGGCGCGUGCCCGCGGGCGCGAUCGAGGUGCAGGUCGGGUUCGAUGUUUUGAGUAGGACGUUGAGUGCGACGUUGCCGUUGUGA